AUCAGACAGACCACUCUAUUUAUAUCAGCUGGACAGAUAGGCCCCCAACCACCCCCACCCUAGGGCAGAAGGACGCCAGAGGACAUACACCCGCACAUAUACCCACCUCACACACAUACACACAAUGCCAACAGAGGGACACUCACACUACUUUUUGAACUACUAUUAAAGAUUAAGAUGCUGGAUGAACUGAUCAGCCAUGGAUGACUUGGACCACAGCGUUGACAUUGCGGAGCGUGACUGGGAAAGCUUCUAUGAGGAGUCUGAGGAGUGUUGCCUCGUCCAGCCAGAGCUAGCGAGGAUAGAGGACUCCGGCUUCAGUGACAUUGAAGAGCCUGCGGAUCCAUCCCUAGAGCCGCCCAUCCCAAAAUGUGCAGAGGAGGUCCGUCUGGGUUACAGCGCUGUGUCUCCAGUCAACCAUGAAGAGGAGGAAGGAGUGGUAACCACAAUAAAUCAACUUAAACACGACAUACUUCCCCCCGAACUUCCCUCCGCGUCUUGUGUCAGCCCCAAAGAGGAGACACAGACACAGACACAACUCUCCCAUCCCGGCCCUGUGGCUACAGGGGUCCCUGAAGUGGUAGAUGGCGUGGAUCGGCGAGAGGAUAGUCUAGACUUGACUGAAACCACACAAACACAGAGCCAAGCGAAGCAGCAUGGUGUUCAACCGGACUCUCCACCGGCAGAAAAUGUUCCCCCAGCUGAGAGGAAAGAGAAAGAGCGCUGGUUUGUGACGGUGAAUGAAAGCCCAGUGCAACUCCGGUGCCAUGGUGGCGCCUCGGCCCAAAAAAAAAGAAGAAAAAAAAAAACGUCUAGGAGGUCAGCCCGCAGCGUAGCAGGGUGGGACUGGCACUCCUCGCAGUCUGAGACAGAACCAGACACAGAGAGAUGUGCAGGGAGUAAACCCGACCCGGUGGAGGUGAGUGAGAAGUGUUGUUCCACAGUUUCACAGCUCACAGACAGAAUUGCAUCAUCAGGAAACAAUGAAAGUAUGCCUCAGGAUCAGGCUCAGGAUCUAAACACAUCUGAUUUAUCUGAUCAGCAACCACCAUGCAAACGACAAGAAGAAAAUGAUUGCAGGUCAGUCACCCUAAAAGUUGCCCAUUUAAACCAGAAAGAACAGUGCACUACCCAAUUACCUCCCACUUCCUCUGGCUCUGGAAAUUCUCCAUUUGAAAAACAAUACAAAUCUCAACCCCAAAUCCAUCAAAGCAUAGCUGAUAAUAAUAACAACCACACAAACUCAUGUCCCGUGAUUUGUCGCAAUGAAACCACAUCAGCUGACUCAAGUAAAACAGAAGACAAUCCCCAGGGGAAUCAAUGCAAGACAGCUGCAAACCCUUUCGACCCCCCCCACACUGCUGAACAGCUCCCCCCACCCUUAGCAACCUUCAACACUGAUGGGGGUGAGCCCCCUCCUUCUACCCGGGAGGAUUCUGAAACUCAGGAAUCUGUCAGUGAGGAGUGGCUCGGUGACACACUUGGUCCCCCUCGCCCGGUCUUUGCAAUUUCAUCAUUCUGGGAUGAGAUGGAAAAGCUGACGAUAAAUGACAUACUCCAUCUGCGAUUUGUGGAUAACCAGUCUCCCUCGACAGAUGUAGUCCAUUUGCAUGAAUGCACAAGUAUCCCCAAUGUACACGGCAGUGGCCUUCUUGACCCAACUGACACUUGUGGCCAGGAUACUGUACCACUGGAUGCUUUGGAUAAUGCAGAUUCUGACUAUUUCACACACCUGGAUGAUUCCAAACCAGACCGCUCGAGCUGUGAGUUCUCAACCUUCUCUGACUUCGAUGAAGACCUCCUACAAAUGAUCAACACAAGCGCCAGCACGAGCCCUGAGCCCCAGGAGACUCUGGGGGAACACACCCAAAGGCUCCUUGACUUGGCCUACUCACAAGCAGCCCUGGCAGAACAGGAAACGGAUCUUGCUAGGUGCCCUGAGCCUGAAUCUGACCUCGCACUGCUGUACUCUGAUAACGACAUAUCGCUGCAUCUCUGUUCAGAUGCAGAAUCAAGUUCACAGACACUGAGCCCCACUGGAAGUGAGUAUGACAUGUCUGCUCUGGAGUCUGAGAUCGCGAAUGAAGCAGCCCUGCAGGAGGAAGGGGGAAAGACAACGCUAUUUUACCCCUAUGAGGACAUUCAGGAUACGGCCUUCCACCUGACAAGCUGCGACAUUAUGAGAGCGAUGCCAUCACCUGUUCUAUCCACUUCCAGUUUUCUGGAGGAACCCUUCAUGGUCUCCUUCAGUGAGAUGUUUGAGAGUUGUGAAGAUGCCCCCCAUGCUAGUUUAUUCGACAGACCCAGUUCAGAUGUCCCCCUUCCGCCUUACUCAGCAAAUGUAUCAGUGCCAGAGGCAUACGAUCAUUUGUUCUCUGACUUUGAUGAGAGGAACCUUUUCUUCCAGGAAGAACAGGAGGAAGCCAAGACAGUCCCUAUUUUCUCCUGCUCACGCUCUCUGGUGAGAGACCUUGUGGAACAAUUCAUCGAAUCAGAGGAGGAAGAUAACUGGGCCCCGAUACGUGUGAUAUCUCGCUUCAGCGGCCAGCGGAGCUCGGUAACGGCAUUGACGACCCCAGAUGUUUACCUUUACAGUCACAGGAGCUGGAGGAGCAUGCUGUCUCUGAGGAGGAUCAGAUUUGCUGCAAAGGGGAGCAGCUGGUGCCAGAGGGCUAAAGCCUGGGUGUCACCAGGGAUGUUCUUUAGAGGGAUACGCCGCAGUAACUCCUUAUCUGAUGUGACCCGAGGUGCCUGUUCCUCUCUCCAGGUGUUCCACCUUGGUGAUCCCAUCCUCAGAAAACUAGCGCUGGAACAGAUACGACUCCCAGAUCAGCCUAAUGCCCCAGUCUUCCAAAAGAAAUGUUUCCUUUUCUCCCUGAGGCAAUCGGAUAUGUGUUUAGUAUGCAUUGCCUUGUCGUCUUGGGUGCUGAAGUCCACAAAUCUACAAAGUGGAGAUACCUGGAAGGCGGCUCUUCUGGCAAAUGUGAGUGCAAUAUCAGCCAUCCAGUACUUGCGGCGAUAUAAGCAUAAGAAGCGUAAUUCUGAAGAUGAGCCAUGAUGUCCAGCAAUGGGAUUCUUUUUCAAAGGGGCCAGCACAUGGAAAUAAUUUCUUACACAUUCGAGAACUCCAAAUCUACAAAAGUGCUGUAAAAUCAUUUACAGCUUUCAAAAAUACACCUUUCCUAUUUUCCCUCAAGGAUUUCCAGAACAUAAGUAAAUCGUUAUAUCUGUAUUCACGCAGAAGAUUGGAUGUACACAGGUGUAAUUUCCAUGUAGAGGAGGUUGACUUGGACCAUAUUACAGCAUGGUGUAUGAGGGUAAUAUUAUGUGUCUGUCAAAAAUGUUAUUUUGGCUAUGUUUAAGGUGGCAACGGUGUUACAUAAAUUAAACUCAGAUUCUAAUAUUUUAACUACAUGAAUAUAGAAUAAGUCUAUACACCAUCUACACAUUUCGUCCCCCCCAAAUUUGAGUUUUUACAACCAAUGUUCCUGACUUUGGUUGUAAAUUCAGACUUGUUUUGUACAUGAAGUGCAGGGAGCAGGAUUACUGGAGAUGUGAAAUAUUAUAUAAUAUUUCAUUAUAUAAUUAUAUUAAUAUAAAAGUGGUUUUAACUGAUCAGUCAUUGUAGUCAAAAUAAAUGACUUAUCUGGUGGUUGAAUGUAAACACAAGGUUGGCAUGGAGAUGGAUAGUGUUAGAAGAGAUGUCAACUCGCAUUUCAAAGGCAGAAGGCCUCAAUUGUGAUGUGAGGAAUGAUUGAUGGGUGUCUGGAAAUAGGAAAGGCAAAGUGAGCUCUCUACUUAUUUACUUGUUAUGCUGAAGGCUGCUGGUGGUUUUAUCAGAGGAAGACAAGCAUGUGAUUGGGAGAAACAAUGCAUUUAUAUUUGUGUCUUCACAAAUACAUUGACAUUUGUGUGUAUAAAUGUUAUUCAACUGUGGGUGACUCAACCCAUCAUGACAUAUGUGUUGUUUGUGAUUUAUGUUGACUAAGAUGUGAGAAACAAUACAUUGAUAUUUGUGUGCACAAAUGUUAUUUAAUUGUAGGCAACAACGAAUGAGAACCUAUGUGUUGUUUAUGAUGUAUGUUGACUGAAAAUAAGUUUGCAGAAUCACUUCAACUUGUUUUAAGUUUGAAAUUUUAUUGAUCACAUUAUGACGCAUCAAGAAAUUAGGUAUGACAAAUAAAUCUUAUUUGUAAUGCAUUAAACAGCCCUCUUCCAAA